CUUGCAUUUAUUUUGUCGCUGGGACGCGCGAAAUGCGGACAGCUGUUGUUUACUAAAAGUUCGGAAAAGCGACUUUUAAAUCUCUCCUACACAAUGGAACGCGAAACGUUGAAACCGAAAGAUAUCAUCAUGCUCACAGCUACCGCAUACCAACUGUUGGAGUCAUCUUCUUCGUCCGAUUCGGAUUCAGGGCUGGAAGAGCUGGCUUUGAUGAUGUGUGAACAGAAAAUCCUGCGAAAAAGGCGACGGCGUAAGAAGAGCUAUGGAGGGUUUAUUGAUAAAUACACAGAGCAGAAGUUUCGUGAAGAAUUCCAUGUCAGUAAAAAAACUGCGGUAACGAUAAUAACGCAUUUCAAAGCAUCCAAGUACAGCCACGUGAACAUGGGUCCCGGACGGAGAACUAUACCGCCGAAACAACAGAUGCUUGCAUUUUUGUGGUUUUGUGCAAACAAAAGCUGCUACCGAGAUGUUUACAAUUUAUUCCAUUUAUCUGGCGCGUCGUUUUUCAAAUGUUUGACGAAUGUUUUGAACUUUUUCCAUGAUUUUUCGAAAACAGUGAUAAAGUUCCCCGCAUCGGAAACCUCACUAGCUCAUAAUGCUGCUGACUUCGAAAAGAUAGCAGGAAUUGAUAAAGUACUAGGUUGCAUUAAUGCAUCCUACUUUCGUGUUUGCCAGUCUGUAAAUAAGGACGCUCAGGGUAAUAAUCUUCUAAUACCAGUUCAGGGGGUUUGCGACUCGAAAGGACGGUUUAUGGAUGUUAGCGUCGGAUCACCAAGCCGCAUCUCUAAAUCCAAAGUUUUUGCACUGUCGCCACUUAGCGAGCAGUUGGCCGAGAUUUGCAAAGGAGAAUAUCAUUUGCUGGGAGAUGACGCUUAUCCGCUGCAGGAACACUUAAUAACACCUUACCCGAACCACGGUGAUAUGACCACCGAGCAGAAGGCUUUUAAUCAAGCACACAAUCAAACCCGAACUACGAUCGAUCGUGCCUUUGCCACUAUUAACCAACGCUUUAACAAAUUGGCAAAAAUACAGUUUCGUCGGACGGAACGGAUGUGUAAAUUUAUUGUGGCAUGUUGCACUUUACACAACCUGUGCAUCGAUCAUAAUGAUGAGUGGGAACUGGACGAAAAAGAACUGCACAAACAUCGUAUCAAAUUAGCGGAGGAAAAGUCGGGAAGGCGAAGAACACUCGAUAAUGAGUCUCAUAGUAUUGGAGCAGCGAAACGAAAUGCUAUUUUCAGGGACCCAUUAGAGGGCAAGUGAAAUUUAAAAGUUGAACCAUAACAAUAAUUUGAAUGUUCGGCAGUUUUAAUUCUUAAAAUAGACGAUCUUCCGAUCAUCAAAGCUUCACUUGAUCGACUGAACUGGAAACUUUUUUUCCUAGUUUUUUUUUGUCAACUAAAUUUGUUUUCUGUAAAAUUGAAAACUUCCACUCCAAUAGCAGUGCAAAUUUGUACAAAAGAAUUUCCAAGCACGAAGAGUGUGAAUAAUACCCAAAUAAAAACGGGUCUACUACGAAAGGCUGAAACUCAAAAGGCUGAAACACGGAAGGCUGAAAUCCGAAAGGCUGAAAUCACGAAAGGCUGAAAGCUACAUAAGGCUGAAAACACGAAAGGCUGAAUCACGAAAAGCUGAAAAAGCAUAAGGCUGAAAUUCACAAAGUUCAUUUCUAAAAAAACACUCGCGGCCUACGGCCGACUCGAUUGUCCGAGAUGUAUGCUGUCCUUACUCGCUAUCGCUCGUUCGGACUAAACUAGGGGAUCACCCCUACGAGUCAGUAGACCUAGGAAAACGAACGCACCUAUACAGAGGUGAUUUCUGCGGGGGGGCUGCCCCCCGCAGUGGCCGGCGCUUCCGACGGCGGGUCGCCGGCGCACACUCGCGGCCUUUGGCCGUCUCGCCCUGAAUCAUCUAGGAAACGUGUACAAGAGUCAAGUAUGUAUAGAUUCAAAUGUUGCCGAAAAUUGAUUUUCCAUUGCACAAACCAAUUAAUACUCAAACAUUGAACUCCGUCACCUUAUAAAGGUUUGUUAUCCAUGUGUCCGAAUUUUUCAACGAUUAUGAUUAAAGUUACAAAAGUUUCAGCCUUUCAUGUUUCAGCCUUUCGUUCAUUCAGCCUUUUGUGGUUUCAGCCUUUUGUGCAUUCAGCCUUUCGUUAUGAAACAUACUUUUCAGCCUUUCGAGUUUCAGCCUUUCGGGUUUCAGCCUUUUGAGUUUCAGCCUUUCGUUACUAACCCAUAAAAACAUGAUUUACUGCUUUUUUAAACGAUUUAGCCUGUGUUAAUAGUUAUACAAAUUAUUAAAAGAACAAUAGAUAUAUUCAACAAAGCCUAUUUGAUUAGCUUUCUAAACUAGCGAAGCUUUUCCAUUAAAUUUAUUGGAUUCCAUCUUGCGAUUCAACUUUGGCGUUAUUCACAUUUUUAAACGUUCAAAAAGUUACUAAAAUAAUAGCAAAUAACUUUCGGUUAUUCGUUUAUUUUUUUAUGUAACUGUUUUAUUAAUUGUUUGGAACAAAGAUUUUACUUUGUUGUCCAAUACUGCGUGAAAUUAGCAUUUUAUAAUUGCACGUUGCUUCGAAAAUUUGCGUUCAAAUUAAAAGCAGCGUGAUUGGCAAUUUUUGAACAAAUCCAUCACAAUUAAAGAAAGAUUGAGCUCUUAUUUUGAAACUGUGCUAAUUCAAUUGGCUACAUUUUUUUUCUCGCUUACGUAUAUUUUUUCUAUAGAGUGUUUGGUUUGACUGUACAGUUGAAGCGUAAACUAAAACUAUUAGUGUUCAAUCUAUAUUGUUUAUAUCGGAUGUUUAUACGUUAAUUUUAAUCUCUCUUAUAAAUUCGCCAAGCUGCUUAAUACUAUCAAAUUUAUUUUCAGUUAAUAUAGGUAUUAGUUCGGUUCCAUUCGUGAGUAUUGGGUAUUUUAUUCGUGGUCUGUUGUGUUUAGUGCAAUCAUA